CUAGUCAGCCGGAUCGCCUCCUCCUCCCCUCCCACCCUCUCGGCGCGCUUCCUCCUCCGGCUUCUUCGGUUGGGUUUGGGCGGCUGGAGAUGUCGGACUCCGAGGAGCACCAUUUCGAGUCGAAGGCCGACGCCGGCGCGUCCAAGACCUACCCGCAGCAGGCCGGUACCAUCCGCAAGAACGGCCACAUCGUCAUCAAGAACCGCCCAUGCAAGGUUGUUGAGGUCUCUACUUCCAAGACUGGGAAGCAUGGGCAUGCAAAAUGCCACUUUGUGGCCAUUGACAUUUUCAAUGGGAAGAAGCUUGAGGAUAUUGUUCCCUCCUCCCAUAACUGUGACGUCCCCCAUGUCAACCGUACUGACUACCAGCUGAUUGACAUUUCUGAAGAUGGAUUCGUUAGCCUUCUGACUGAAAGCGGAGGCACUAAGGAUGACCUGAGGCUCCCUACUGAUGAGGCUCUGCUCACGCAGAUCAAGGAUGGAUUCAAUGAGGGGAAGGAUCUGAUUGUUACUGUAAUGUCUGCCAUGGGUGAGGAGCAGAUCUGUGCUCUGAAGGAUAUUGGCCCCAAGAACUAGAGCUGCCUUUUUACUUACGGCCUCUGGCUAGCUGUUCGGUUGCUUUAAGUUUGGAGGUGGUCUUGCGUUGAUAUAUAAAACUUUUGGUUUGAGCUAAGUUAAAAGACAUAUGGGCAGUUGUUCCAUCUUGCGGUUUAUACCGAAUGAUUUGGAUGUACCUUUGCUAUCUGUAAUGCUAUUUUGAACCAGUAGCUUUACUACAAUCUCUCUGUCUGUUUAUUUACAUACAAUGUUCUUUGAGUUAUAUGGAAAGUAGCUAUAAUUUUUUA